AUGUUCUCCUCCUUCUUCUGGGAAUGUGAUCGCCCCUCAAUCUUUAAAGCGGAGAUUCUUACUGAAGAUAGGAAGUAUAUAUGCCCCGUCGCCAAGCUGCCUAGGCCCGAACUGGCUGCUGCCCUUUUCCUCCGAAGUAGUGUAGAGGCUGAGGAAGCCGGCUUCAACUUUGACGUCCGGCCUCGGGUCCUGAGGGUCGAGAUCGAAAGCCUCGUAGCUUGCUUUCACGAAUUCACCGUAACGAAUGAUCUCGUCACGGAGAAGAGGGUGCAAGGCCACUUGCUAUAUCUAGUUUGGGCUUGGGCACAGCCUGAGCCUGAGGAGGUUGCAAGUAAUUAUGGUAGGCGGAUGAUAAUGACCUAG